AAGGGCAAUUUGAUAAAAAUCCAUUGAUUCUUUAUUCUUUUACCCAUUUUGGGGGUUCUCAGUUCCAGCUUUGAAGGGAGGUGAAUAUGGCGCUAACUCUACCGGCUGGGUCCGCGCGUUUGACGGUGGCGCCUCGGGUUCACGUGCCGCGCCGCCGCCUCACUGUUUUCGCCACUGUAUCGUCUCCGCCGAGCUCCGGCGGAGAGAAAGCCGUGGAUUGGGUUGAGGCAACUGCCAGCUUCUUUGAAGCGGACACUCGCCCCAUCAUGCUGUUCGACGGUGUAUGCAAUUUAUGCAACGGAGGAGUGAAAUUUGUCCGUGACAAUGAUAGCCGAAGGAGAAUUCGGUUUGAGGCUCUACAGAGUGAGGCAGGGAAGAAGCUGUUAAGGAGAUCUGGAAGAGCUCCUGAUGAUAUUUCAAGUGUAGUACUUGUUGAAAAAGAGAGGUCGUACGUGAAAUCCGAAGCUGUUCUGAGAAUCAUGCAGUACAUAAACUUGCCUUUCCCCCAGCUAUCUUUCUUCUUCCAAUUUGUUCCUCUGUUUGUCCGAGAUUUCGCAUACGAUAAUGUCGCUAAUAACCGCUAUGCAUUUUUUGGUCGCUCUGAUUCGUGUGAGAUAUAGAAUUGUAGUAUUCCAUUGUGCCAAUAGUUAUAGUGUAAAUGUAUAUACAUAAAAAAGAAAGAGCAAUGUAAAACCAGAAUACGGCACAUACUUACAAGUAAUAUUUGCAAACAUAAACGUAAAUUUGCUAGCACAAAUAGCUUAAUUA